ACUCGGUUUCACUUGGCCGCUCUCUCCUACACUUCUUUCGUGUGUGACUUUCGAAAUAUGCUUCCUCUGCUCUUUCAGCUCCUUUGACAGAAGUAUAUGCAGAGGAAAGGCUUCCAGGGAGGCAGACUGACUAGCCUCAGCCUGACCCUGCCUGAGUGCUGCUGAUUGGUGUGUCACAUUGACCUGCCUUUGCCUCAACAAAAUGAAGUUUUAGGCAAAAGAAUUAUAUGAGGUGGAGGGAAGCUACAGGCAAAGGAAGGCGGAGGGGGAGAGUGGGACGGAUAGUAGUGAGCGUAGUGAAGUGUGUUUUACCAGAAACAGAAGUAGAUAAAUCUAUCUGUGGCACCGAACAAGAGCAGAUGAAGAGGUGGCACCAGGUGGCCAACAGUCAGCAGCGAUACUGUGGCUUUUGCUCCCUCAAGCUCCAGCUGAGAAGGGGGCCCGUCUUCCGCUGUGCCCCAUGGAUCUUAACUCCAACCCAGGGGGAGACAGAGAGCGGAUGACAGCCAACCAUGAGACCUAUCUUCUUAUGGCCAGCACCCAGAAUGACAUGGAGGAUUGGGUGAAGACGAUCCGCAGGGUCAUCUGGGCUCCUUUUGGUGGAGGGAUCUUUGGUCAGAAGUUGGAGGAAACUGUGCGGUAUGAGCGCCGGUUUGGGAACAAGUUGGCCCCUAUGUUGGUAGAGCAGUGUGUGGAUUUCAUCCGCCAGUGGGGCCUUAGGGAGGAGGGCCUUUUCAGACUCCCAGGACAGGCCAACCUGGUCAAAGAGCUGCAGGAUGCCUUCGACUGUGGAGAAAAACCCUCUUUUGAUUGUAACACAGAUGUGCAUACAGUAGCCUCUCUACUGAAGCUGUAUCUCAGAGAGCUGCCGGAGCCCGUCGUCCCCUUCCACAAGUAUGAGGAUUUUCUGACCUGCGCCAAGCUCCUCAGCAAAGAUGACGAAAUGGGUAUGAAGGAAUUGAGAAAGCUUGUGGAAAAUCUACCUCCAGUGAACUACAACCUUCUCAAGUACAUCUGCAGAUUUCUAGAUGAAGUCCAGUCAUAUUCAGGAGUGAAUAAAAUGAGCGUCCAAAACUUGGCCACAGUCUUUGGGCCAAAUAUCUUGAGGCCAAAAGUUGAGGAUCCAGUCGCUAUUAUGGAAGGUACUGUUCUGGUCCAGCAGCUCAUGGCCGUUUUGAUUGGCCGGCAGGACGUGUUCUUCCCUCUGGAUGAGGACAGUCCCACGGCCCUUGAACUUGUCAACAACAACAUUGAGCUACAACGGCGACAAGCCACCACAACUACCUCUGCGAUCACUACAGUAUCUCAGAACGCCGAGAACAACAACACACAGGCGGUGCGGCAAUGUGUUUGGGAAGCACCGGAGUCUCCGUCGCAUCGCCAACACGUGGACAACAGUGGCCCCCCGCGAUCAUCAAGCCCUCGCAAUGGUGUUAUAGGACGCUUUGACAUCACUCGCAGUCCACCACUGACUGUUAAAAAGAACCCUGCUUUCAGUAAAGGCAGUGGGAUUGUUACAAAUGGCUCCUUCAGCUCCUCACCGUCUUCAGACCUUAAUCAAGAAAAGAGCCCGACUUUGACUGGUGGUGGUGGGAGUUUACCGGUGCGGCGCAGUGGAACGCUCAAAGGCUCCGGCACAAAAAUGGGCACCGGUGGCGUGACAGGUGGAAGCAGCUCUGGCGGGAAUGGGACUGGAGUUGUGCGCAUGGGCAUUUCUGGCACUGAUAUUGUCACAGGGAGUCUGAACGGCCGCAACGGUCAUUGGGUAACAAAUGGCUGCGUCACUUUACGAGAAAACAACAAAACACGCGACUGCCCCAAUGGGGAUCAAACAUCCAAUCAAAACCGUCUGUCCACGUAUGACAACGUCCAGUUAAACCAUCAGAACGUGCAGCAGCAGAACCACAUCACCAAUACGUGUCUGAACAGCAGCUGCGAGGACAAGCAGAGCGUAGACAGCGCCACCUGGUCCACCUCCUCUUGUGAAAUCUCUCUUCCUGACAACUCCACUUCCUGUCGCUCCUCCACCACCACCUGCCCUGAGCAGGACUUUUAUGGAGGUCAAUAUGAAGACCUGGAUGGACCAGCACAGGACAAUGAGCCUCCCCAGCCUGGCAGAGGAAGAGAAGGGGAGGGCAGGAACAGCCAGAGAGAAGGAAGUGGAGGUGGAGCAGGAAGGAGCAGUCGGGGCACCAGCAGUAGUGAUAAUAGUGAUGUUUACACUGUUGGCAAUGGCCCCGGCAGUCACAGUGCUCUGCACAGCUUAGUGGCCAGUCUCAAACAGGAGAUGCACAAGCAGAAGACAGAGUACGAGGCCAGGAUCAAGAGCUUGGAGCAGCGUAACCUGGACCUGGAGACGGAGAUGGUAAGCCUCAAUGAAGAGCUGGACCAGGAGAGAAAGAAGUACACCAUGGCGGAGAUCAAGCUGCGCAACGCCGAGCGGGCCAAAGAUGAUGCUGAGCGGCGGAAUCAGAUGCUACAGAACGAGAUGGAGCAGUUUUUCUCCACGUUUAGUGACCUCACUGCGACUGGCAACACCACAGUCACCGACCCCCGCAGACCAGAUCGUAACAACGCCAUCUGGAUAAAGUGAAGGGACGCGAGGAAGACUGGAAAUGGUUUAUUACGUGAUGUGAUCAUUACCAGGGCUCCAAACAGGAUUUGGCUGCUGGUUGUUGAGGGAAUAUAGGGAAGUUACAAUGCAAUGGUUAAUGACAUUUUUUUAUUUAAAGAACUAGGAGGUGUAGGGCUACAAGCCACCAGCAUACAUGUAGACAUCACCUGGAGUGAUGCCAGACUGGCAUUAUCUGUAAAUACAGCAUUAUUUAAACAGCUCACAGACUCUCCAACCUACGCAAACUGUGGUGUGGAGAAGAGUAAAGGCACAGAACACCAUAGUCUAUGGUGACACACAUUACUUUUAUUAUUUUUUACUUAGCUCUUAGAGCCAUAUAGGAGGGAAGUCACAAUGUUUAAAAAAAGUUAUGUUCAGUGAGAGAGAAAAAAAACCUUGGACCUGAAAACUAAAAUAAUCAAACCAAAAACAUUGUUAUUGUUCCAUGUAAUUCUGUAUCUGCUCAUGUAGGGAAACAAUGCAUAAAAUACAGUGGCAUAUGUAUGUAAAAAAGAAUAGAAAUACUUGUUUAUCUGAUAUUUAAGCAAAGUUAUCAAUGUGCGAUAUUUUGUAUUAAGAUGUAUCUUUGCACUUAAUGUUUGUUUAGUCUCAGCAAGGUGGUACUGAAAGUUUUGUCAGUCAAUGUGUGUGCCAUUUACAUUGGACAGUAUACUGUAUAUGUGCUUGUGCUUCUGUGCUGUUUCGUUUACCCCCAUGACCAAAAGAAAGAGCCUGAACUGUAAAUAUUUUAUUGAUAAUCAUAGACACUACUUGUUAGUCUGCACUGUGGUUUGACACAUAUUCAGAUGGAUAUGGCACGUAUUGAGUGGAAACUGAGGAUGAAGAAUGUUUUGUAGCUUGUAGAAAUACAUGUUAGGUCAUUCCCAGAUAAAAUAAAAAUGUCUGUGGUAAAUUUGGAAUUUCAGAUGACAAAUUGUCUCUGUCCCCAUUAACAGAUGCAAAGCUGCUGUCAUUCUCUGAAUGCUUGUGGGAAUGACAGUUAAAAGUCUUUGAGCAUAUGAGAUGCCACUUGUACAAAAAAAAAUACUGUCCUGACACAACUGGUUUUUAUUCUGAACUAGCACAGAAUAACAAGCUGCAGCAUCAAAGUACCAACACAGAGUUGUGUUUGUAGGUCAGAACUGUGAAAAAAAUUGGGAUUAUAGCAUCAAGUGUGUCAACAUUGAGGACAUUUACAGCCUGGUGGCUAGAUUCAGUAGCAAGCAGUGUGUGUGCAUGAUGGUGCAUGAGUCCAUGUGGGCCGGUGUACAAUAAGUGAAUGUAAAGUGAUUGCAUAUUGAUGAAGUCUUUAUGAGUGUAUGUAUGUAGCUUUAAGUCAAAUGGAUACACACACACACACACACAAUGUGGAUUUUCUGAUGGGUACAAAACAGACUGGACUUCUCUCAAAAAGAAGCUGCUGCUGGGUACUCUUCCUCUAAAGACCAGGUUCUAUUUAAACCUGCUGCUGGUCAGUGCAGGACAUCUGGAAUGUGCACACAGGGUGGGAGAAAAAAAAGUGCCUGAACAACUGAAGGAGAGAUUGGGGGACCUGCGUUUCUCAUUUUACAGCCUCCACCGGGAAGUAAUAGGCUUAAGCCGAUCCGACAGUGGCACCACGUUCUGUGAAUUCCACACAAAAGAGCAGAUGGACACAGGGCAGGAGGGAGAGGAGGACUGGGAUAGUGGAAUAUUUUCAUGACAUUAUACUUGAUACACAAAAGAACUUAAACAGAAAAGAAAAUAUGAAUAAAAAUGCAUUUUCAUGUGA